UUUGCCAUUUGUAGUCGUCGGGCUUUUUGGGGGUUUUGUAUGCGGACUUUAUUACCUUUAAGAGCAAAAAAAAAAAAUAAAACUACAAAGCAAUAAUAAUAACAGCCAACGAGCUCUCCUUUUUCCACACACACUCGCACUCACAGUUACAGUGAGUGUAUGAUUCCACAACUGAUGUUUGGUGAUAUUCCUUUUGUUGUUGCUGCUGCUGUUGGUGUUCGACGAUGACGACCAACAGACGAGGGAAUACUGUUGCGACCACAGCAACAACAACAACAACGAAUGUUGUGUGUAUGUUUGUUGGUUGGUUCGCUGCUCCUCCUCAUGUGUGUGUAUGUGUGUUCGUUUGUUUGAUUGUUUUGUUGAUGGCUGGCUAGCAGCUAGCUGCUGCUGUUGGUUACGGUGUCUAAGGCACUGACUUAACAGCAACUACAACCACACAACAACAGUGCUAAAUGUUCCGACUUACAAACGUGACGUGUUUUUAAUUUUCGAGUGUUGUAUUUCUUCUUCUGCUUCUUCUUCUGCUUGCUGGUUUUUGUGUGCUCCCAAUUAUUGUGUGUUGUGUGAUACUAUAUCAUUACUACUACACACAAUACAAAGAAACACACCGAACGUCGCGCACCGUCUAUCUCUAUGAGAAAAAAAAACGAAGAGAAUAAUAUAAAGCAAAUCAAAAUUGUGCAAAAUUGUUCAAAUAAAAGCAAAUACCUAGCUAUUCAACGGUGAAGAAUGCCGAGUAUAGUAGUACAUACAAACAACAUACCCAGUUGUAGUACAUACAAAUGUGAAAAGAAACGCGAAAGAAGCAGAAAAAUAAUAAGAAAUAAACAAAUUAACAUAGUGCAGUAUAUGGUGAAUACAAUACACACACAUGUACAUAGGCACAUCAUCAUAAGUAUAUAAAAAAAGUUGUGUUUUUUUCAUAUAUAUAAAAAAAUACAUACCUACAUAUGUAUAUAAUUUUGUACAUAGAGCAGCAAAAGCAAACCAAAUGAACGUCGUCGUUGCGGUCGUUUGUAUGUAUCAACAAAAAACAAGAACAAAAACAACGACAACGACAACAACAACAACAGCUUUAAAAACGACCAGAAGGCAACAUAACAGCAGUGGUGGUGCCAACAGCAGCAGCAGCCGUAGCCAUAGCCGAGCAUUAUUAGCAGCUGUCAAUAAAGCCGGUCGUCGAAAAACAGCUGUUUUUAAUCCAACAUCAUUGUGGUGUGCUCGUCUCUAUGUGCGCUCGCCGCUCUCUCCCCACAACAAAAAGAAAAAAAUAACAACAACAACAACAACGGCAUCAGCACACUCUGAAAAUACUCAUACACUUAACAGCAGCAUCAAAUAAACAGAACCCAACAAGCAACGUAGUGGUGUUUACAGCAAAAGCAACAACAAAACACUCGGAGAAAAAUGCAUUUCAAAUAAAAAGGCAAAACAAAACAAAAGUGUAACCCCGAAGAAAAACCAAACAUAACAGUGCUCUCUGCUUGUCUCUCGGUCUAUAACAGAAGAGCCAGAGAACCUACGCGAGUGUGCCAGAAUAAAGUGUUAGUUUUUUGUGAGUGAGAGAGAGAGAGAAAACUGUUAACGCUCUUCUCGUCUGUGCUCUGUGUGUUGUGUGUGCGUGUUUGUUGUGUUUCUCUCCAACAAAAGAACGAAAAAAACACCGAUGUCUCUCACUUUGCCAAUGUCGCUAAUUGAGACUUCAACAAUAACAGAAAGUUCAGCACAUCGAAAUUUUACCAAAUACCAAACAACAAAUCCUAUGGUUGUUAUACAAGCAACAACAACAACAGCCGGAGCCAACUCGAGCACAGUAUCUAGUAAAAGUUUAACAACAAAUAACAAUACAAGAACUACAACAAGUAAACGGACUCGCAAGAGAUCAACAACAGAUUUCACAGCUGCAGCAGCUGCUGCCGGUUUAAUAACAGCAACAACAACGGCAAAUGUCAAUUAUAUUAAUCCCCUAACAACAACUGCAACAAACAGUGGCAUUACUAGUGCUGCUGCCACCACAACCACCAAACGGAAUAGAAAGCAACACCAUAAUCAUCAUCAUCAGCAGCAGCAUCAGCAGCAUCAGCAUCACCAGCAACAACAAAAUCUUUAUGUUCAGCAAAGAAUGUCCGCCGGCGCUCAAUUGCAGAUGGCCCCACAGACAUCGACGUCCAUAAGCCAUCAUACAACACAACAGCAACAACAUUUUGUUCAUAAUUCACAGCAGCAGCAACAGCAAUCGCAGCAGGCACUUUUGUCACAGGUUCAACAACAACAGCCGCAAUUAAUACAGCAGCAGCAACAGCAAUCACAACAACAACAGCAGCAGCAAUUACAAUUGCAGCAACAACACAUAACUCAUUACAGCCAAGCGCCCCAAACACUUGCCACAACUCCCCAUACACAUCUCCAACAACAUCACCACCUACAAACGCCAACAUCGCAACAACAAACGGCUUCUCAACUGCAACAGCAGCAGCAGACACAUUCACAGCAUCUACUGCUGCAUCAGCAGCAACAGCACAGUGGUGGUGGCCACAGCAGUAAUCCUGACUCGAAUAUGAGCACUGGCUCUUCGCACAGUGAAAAAGAUGUUGUUAAUUCAGACAUGCUAAGUGCGCAGCAACAGUCCAGCGGUAUCUUGCAACAACAAAUCGGUAUUUUGCAACAUCAACAGCAGCAGCAGCAAACAAACGUAACAGUAUCAACAGCUGGAAACGGUAUGAUGAAUACCGGUGCCGGCGGUAUGGGUAUAUCAACAGAUCCAAACGCCAUGCAAACCACAAAUCAUCAUCUUCCACAUCAGCUAUCCCAUCAGCCACAGACAGUUGGCAGUGCUGGCGGUGGUGCUGGCAGUGCAGGCGGUGUCGUCGGUAGCACAAAUACUGGACGUAUGGAAAAGCUAUCACGCACGCCCACAGAACGAAAACGUAAACGGAAAAUAACCGCUUUGCAUACCGACGACAGUGGUGGUGCCGGUGGUGGAGGCGGUGGCGGCGGUCCUGGUGGCGGCAAUGGAGGUAAUAAUUCAAGCAACGCUAGUAAAUCAACUAAACACAACAAUUCCUCCUCAUCUUCUGGCUCACAGUUAUUAAAAAACAAUUUAUCUCUAAAUUUAGGUGCUCAACAGGAUCGUCUUCAAAUGCCAGGCUCCGGUGUUGGCUCUGGCGGUGGCAAGACACCUCGUCUCCUACCACCUGGUAGCGGAGGCUCCUUGGGCGAUAACAAAAAGAUCAAUGACUAUUUCAAUGCUAAGCACAGUGUACAGUCCACAGGAUCCACUAAUAGUCCUAUGAGGCAUACAGCUGGCGGCGGCUCCAAGAGUCCCUCAUCGGCUGGCCCGCAACAACAGCAGUCGCAGCAGCAACCUGGGCCCCAGGCCCAACAAGUGCCAACAUCUGUAGGCGGCGGUAAUAGCACGUAUCCCAUGUAUCCACCUAGUCCACAGCAACCACAAAUUUCAGCACCAGGCGGUAUGCCGCCAACACCUACGUCACAACCCCCGCCUCCAGAUUUCCAUUACAGUAGUGUAGCGGCUGCCAACUCGGUAACGGGUAAGCAGCAGAGACAACAGCAAACUUCCAAUGCAAUGGUUCCUCCGCAAUCACCCCUUGUUGGAGUGGGCGGUAAUGUUGGUCUAAUAUCGUCCUCCCACAUGGUACACAAUCAAGCUGCGGGUGGUUCCUUGAUGGGUGGUGCACCAACAGCUGGCGCCGGUGGUGGUGCGGGUACUGGGCCUCCUCCUCCACCGUUGCCACAGCAGCAACAACAGCAAACUCUUCAACUUCCCGCCUCUUCCGUCGUUGCCACAAACGUGCAACAGACUAUGACAACCUCGCAGCAACAACAAAUGGCCGCUGUAGCGGCCGCCCAACUCAAUUCACUGCAACAUGCCGGCAUGCUCACCAACAAUCCAGGUGGUGUACCACAAACCGUUGGCGUUAGUGGAGCGCCCCAGCCACAACCCUCGACAACGAUGGUUACCAAAGGAACUCAAACCGAUCUCUCCCAACACGACAUGCAAGAACGUGAGUCGGAGAGUGAAUCCAGCAAAUCAAAAUUGGAUGAGAUGACAAGACUGUCUGAUGAACAAAAAUGUCAAAUUAUUGCUCAUCAAAAACUAAUCGAUCAACACAAAUCCCACAUAGCCAAGUGUAUUGAUGUGGUCAAGAAGCUGCUUAAGGAGAAAUCCAGCAUUGAGAAGAAGGAGGCUCGCCAGAAGUGCAUGCAGAACCGACUGCGGCUGGGCCAGUUCGUUACACAGCGUGUAGGUGCUACAUUCCAGGAAAACUGGACCGACGGUUAUGCUUUCCAGGAGUUGAAUCGACGACAAGAAGAAAUCUCCGCUGAACGUGAGGAAAUCGAUCGUCAAAAGAAGCAACUAAUGAAGAAACGGCCUGCCGAAUCUGGUCGCAAGCGUAACAAUAAUAGCCAGCAGAAUUCCAAUUCCAAUGAUUCCUCCAACAUGAACGCAGGAUGUGAUCGUCUAUCGGGCAACGAUAGCGGCAUCAGUGGCGUCUCCUCGGCAACUGGCGGAGGUGGCGGCAGUGGUCGUGGUCUAUCGCGAUCAAAUUCGACACAAGCUCAAAACCAACUGUUACACAAUGGCGGCAGUGGUACCAGCGGUACUGGCAUGGGUUCUGAUCGUUUAUCGGAUCGUGGUGGUGGCGGUGGUUCGGGACGGGGAGACAAUUCUGGCAGUGGUUCCGAUUCAGCAACGUUCCUUAAACCUGAUCCCGUAUCAGGCGUCUACACCGCUCAAGAAUACUACGAAUACGAUGAGAUUCUUAAGUUACGCCAAAACGCUCUCAAAAAAGAAGAUGCCGAUCUCCAGUUGGAAAUGGAAAAACUGGAACGUGAACGUAAUUUGCAUAUACGUGAAUUGAAACGUAUCUUGAAUGAAGACCAGUCCCGCUUCAAUAAUCACCCAGUAUUGAAUGACCGUUAUCUACUGCUGAUGCUCUUGGGAAAAGGCGGUUUCUCUGAAGUCCAUAAGGCAUUUGAUUUGAAGGAACAACGCUAUGUUGCAUGUAAAGUUCAUCAGUUGAAUAAGGACUGGAAAGAAGAUAAGAAGGCCAAUUAUAUCAAGCACGCUUUAAGAGAAUACAACAUUCACAAGGCCCUUGAUCAUCCCAGAGUGGUUAAAUUAUAUGAUGUCUUUGAAAUCGAUGCGAACUCGUUCUGUACAGUUUUAGAAUAUUGUGAUGGUCAUGAUUUAGAUUUCUAUCUAAAGCAACACAAAACGAUACCAGAACGUGAAGCACGUUCCAUUAUAAUGCAGGUUGUUUCUGCUUUAAAAUAUUUGAAUGAGAUUAAACCACCGGUUAUCCACUAUGAUUUGAAACCGGGUAAUAUUCUAUUGACCGAGGGCAAUGUGUGCGGCGAAAUCAAAAUAACAGAUUUUGGUUUAUCCAAAGUUAUGGAUGAUGAAAAUUACAAUCCUGAUCAUGGCAUGGAUCUGACAUCGCAGGGAGCAGGAACAUAUUGGUACUUGCCGCCCGAAUGCUUUGUUGUGGGUAAAAAUCCACCAAAAAUCUCAUCUAAAGUCGAUGUAUGGAGCGUGGGUGUAAUUUUCUAUCAAUGUUUAUAUGGCAAGAAACCAUUUGGCCAUAAUCAAUCUCAAGCCACCAUAUUAGAGGAGAAUACCAUAUUGAAAGCCACAGAAGUACAAUUCUCUACAAAACCAACAGUAUCCAAUGAAGCAAAGAGUUUUAUUAGAGGAUGUUUGGCUUAUCGCAAAGAAGAUCGCAUGGAUGUAUUUGCGCUGGCGCGGCACGAAUACAUACAACCUCCCAUUCCAAAGCAUGGCCGUGGCCAAUCGCUGACACAGCAACAGCAGCAACAACAACAGCAGCAGCAACAACAACAGCAGCAACAGCAAUCAUCAGGUAAUCAAGCCAAUUCUGCCGGACAGACUUCUUUCUCAGCGGGCAUGUUUGGCAAUUUGAAUCAAUCGAGUUCGUCCUAGCUGCACACUAAACGUAAUUCCAAUUCAUAAUUGUUAAAGUUAAUACAAAGUAAUAGCACUAAUAUCAAUCAUAACCACAACAACAACAACCACAAUAUUGGCCACAAUCAUCACCAACAUCAAUAUCAGCAACAACAAGCAGCAUUACAGCCGGAUCAUCAUAGUAUCAACAACAACAACAGUAAUAAUAAUAAUAAUCAUAAACAACAUCAUGUUAGACAUCAAAAUCAACAUAGCUUAAUAAAUCAGAAUCUGAAUAUAAACCAUCAUUCUGCUCCAAGAAUGUCGUCUCAUCACAAUAUAAUAAACCAACAACAACAGCAGCAGCAGCCACAUCAACAUCAUCAUCACCAUCAUACAAGAAGAACGAAUGCCACAGCAGCUAGCUCAUCUUCAUCCUCAACACCGCAUACAACAUCGACAACAAUGCUGCCCACCCCAACUACGGCUGGUGGUGCAGUUAACAAUGGCAGCGGAUAUGUUGGCACAAGAAGUUUUCGCAGCCAGCAACAACAGCAGCAUUCUAUAACAACAAUGCAACAGCAAUGCCGUCAAAACAAACAACAACAGCAACAACAUAAAAUGCUAACAUUUUCUUAGGGAAAAAAGAAGAGUCGAACAAAAGAAAUAAUACAACGCCGAUGAAAAUAAUCCCCCACUCGCCCCACGCCCCGGCUCCCUCUUUCUUUCUCUGCAGAUUGAGAGAAGGAAAUUAACUUAAGAAAAACUUAUACACUGCCGUUUGCCAGAAUAGAUUUCAUCUUUCCCUACUUGAACAACAACAACAACAAAAAUGCAUAGCGAAGCGUAACAUUUAAGUUAAGUGUGGGGUGUUGUUAUAGAAAUCUUAGGCUAGCCACAGCCAGAGCAUUGGGUGUGGCUCGACUCGGCUCGGCUCUUGUGUGAGGGGUGGUGGUAGCUGGUGAUUUUUUUGUAAAGCCUUUGUGUAAUAAUUUACCUACAAUUAAACAUGUCAUAAUUGUGUUUCAUUAUGCUUUAAAGUUCCCAAAAAGUCUCGCAUUUAAAAUCUAUUUCUCAAAACACUACGGCGGAUAUGAUUCCUUUCCUAUAUUCCUUUUGAUGAUUAUAACAAACAAAAGUUAUAUUUUCGAACGUGUGUCUCCAAUUUCAUUUAGACUUAAAAUGAUGUAAUUUUAGAAAAACAUUCCAGUAUUGUUUACUAUCGCCUCCGCAUGAAUUUUUUUAAAGUACCACGAUUUAAAUUUCCACUAUCCCCAAGUUGUCUGAACUCGUUGGUGAUGUUUCGCCGCCAGUUCAAUAUUUGUGGCGCAUAAUGGAACUUUCGAUUUGAUAUAUUUUACGAAGCUGUCAAUAAAAUAGUUGAUUGUUUAAAUUCGAUUUUAAUACGAUAUCUUCCAUAAAAAGAACUCGGGAAUUAAUUACAGAAUUUUCAUGAAAAAUUACACCAUUUUAUGACCCCCAUUCUGUGUGUAAAUGAAAGGGAUUCAUUCCCAAAUUCGAUAAUGAAAAAAUUUGCCUACAUUUUUUAGAAACUCCAAGAUAUCUACUUUAUUGGGAAUUUGUUCUCUUAGACAACUAAAUUUCGUUUAAUUUAAAUUAAUUCUUGAUGACAGCAAUAUAUAGAUUUGUAUUUAUAUUUAACUAAAAUGAAAUUUGAGGCUUUUUGAUCAACCAGGCCACCACAUUCACACAAAAAUUAUGGCGGAAAAAAAUUCUUUUGGACCCAAAGAAAAAACAAAUGAGGAAUUCUGCCUUUUCUCUCUUGUAAAACAUGGUGAUUCAUUUUUAACACACAUAAAACCAACCAACUGCGAAAGAAUUUUUUAAUUGUAAGUUAGAAACAAAAGAAGAAAACAAAAACAAAAAUUUUUAGCCUACAAGGAUAAUGUGAAAGUUUUGAUGAAACGCAAAAAAAUAAGCAAGACAUUUAAUGAAAAUUUCUGUGGAUAAGAAAACUAAAGAAAAAGAAUAUAUACUUAGAAGAACCAGCAGCAAAAACAAAACUAAUUUAAAAAAAUAAAAAAUAAAAUUGUUUAAGAAACUUUGUUAUGGAAAAAAGAAUGAAAAAUAAACUAAAAAAUAUUCUCUGAGAAAAAGUAUAUACAUAUAAAGAAAAAAAGAAAUAUGGAUGAGCAAAAAUUAAGUUUAAAAACAAAACAAAAAAUAGUAAUGGUAAAUUUAAGCCUACCUUUUAAAAAUAAUUAAUUAUAAACACACACAUAUAUAAUAUAAUUAUUAUAAUCUUUAGAUAUAAUAUAUGAAAGAAAACAAAACAAAAAAUAUGGCAACAAACAUCCGUUUAAGAAAAACUGCUUAGAAAAAUCACCCGAAAAACAGAAAACUAACAAGCAAAACUGUUAAGAAACAACACAAAUUACAAGACAAGAAAUACAAACAAACCACAUUCUCUCCUUCUCUUAACAUAAUUAUCUAAAUUAUAACAGAAAAUUAUAAUGAAAAAAAAAAAAAAAAAAUAACAAUCACAAUCAAAAAUACAACUUUUCUAUCAACACGACCCUCUAUCCCCUAUUAUCCCCCCAGACCUCCCCCCUAUAAUCUCCUUCCAGAAAUGGCAGUAGGUUUCGUUUUAACUUUGGCUAGCUUUUAAUACCCUGCACGGCAGGGCAUUGAAGCUAGUGAGAGUGAGUGAUAAAUGCACCGCAGAAAUUUUAUAAAUUAUUUUUUUUAUUAUUGAACUAGUAUGUUCAAUUCACAUUUACUAUUAUUAUUAUAAAUUAAAAUUAUGAUUUUUUUAUUUUUAUUUCUUAUACUUAUUAUUAUUAUUAUAAUUCAUGUAAACGUUAUAUUUUAAGUUUCUAAACGAAUAGAAUGUUUUUAAUUGUAAUUUAGAAUUUUAUUCCCUUCCCCUAAGAGAAAAAACAGAAAGAAAACAACUGCAAACGAAAAAAAAGUAAGAAAAAAAAAAAAGAAACAAUGAAUAUAAGUCCUAAAACAUUACACUAUACUAUUACUAAGUGAUUUAUAAAAAAAGAAAAAAAAAAACAAUUACCACACAACAAAAAUCAACCAUUAAUAAUUUUUUGUAAAUAAAAUCAGUUGUAAGUUAUUUGGUAAAAUAUUAAACAAAAAACAUUA